CCCGAAAGUGAAUGUUAGUUUACAUCUGACCGGUCGCUCUUCAAAAAAAAACCAAAAUGGGAGGUUCACAGAGCACAAGAAAAAUAACAGUUGAAAAUGUAGAUCCAUCAAAUUUGAUUAAGGUGUCUGAUAAUGUCGUGAAACGAAUUCAAGGAGCAUCGGAAAAUCCAACGGUAAAAGAGGACCAAAAUAAACCUACUGGUACAGAAAGUGAAACGUUUUCAGAACCCGCCAAUGUGCCUGCGUACAGGUAUGAACCUGUGCCAACUUUCACGUCGCUUCAGGUUUUACAGGAUAAGGAAGCUCAAAUAAAACAGCAAGAUGAAUUUUGGCGAAGGAGAAUAGAAAAGAUGAAAGAAGACCAUAAGCAAAUAAAUCAGAUUAUGGAUUUCGAAUACAAUAAAGCCAGACAAGAAAUAAGCGAGUUGUUCCGCCAUGUUCCAACAGCCGUUCAAGAUGUAGUUCCGUGUCAGUUGGAAAAAUCUGCUGUUGCCAGAUGCUACUCUGACAAUCCAAGAAAAACUUUGAAUUGUGCGAAAGAAGUUCAACAAUUUUCCACAUGUGUGGACCUGAAACGUAGUGAAAUAGCAAAAAAGCGAGGUUAAUAUUUGGUAUAUUCACAUUGGCAACAUAAGCCGAUUUUGUUAGUACAUACGUAUGUUGGUGCUUUGUGACAUCUACUUUGGGCUUCAAUGUUUUGAAAUUAUUUAGCAUUUUUGUAGCCGAAACCUUUUCUUUGCCUGUGAACCAAUUAAAUUAAUCAGCCAAUGUUAUUUUUUUAGAAAUAUAAUUUUUUUGAACGUGAUAA